ACCAUGAUGAACAGAGUUCACGCUUAAUGACAAGAACCUUCAUUAUCACAGCACCGAACUGGUAAUAUAUAUACAAAUGACUUCCUCAGUUCUUCACUGACCCACAAAUUAAACAUUUAUAAACAUUUGAUUGCGGAAAAUGAUUGGUUUUCGUUCCCAAUAAGCCUCUAGUUUAAGUUCAGUAAUUUCUGUAAAAAAAGGGUAAAGGAAAGUCCAAUAAAUGGAAAUCUAACUGCAGAGAAAGAACCUAGCAGAAAUGGCUUCCAUGCCAAGCCCUGUAAUCUUUGACAUUCUCGUUCGACUUCCAGUAAAAUCUCUAGCAAGAUUCAAGACCUUAAACAAGCUUUGUGGCUCCUUCAUCAGGGAUCCACGUUUUAUUGGUACCCACUUCAAGUACGGUGCAGAUGAAGGUAAUGAUGUCUGCUUGAUCCUUUCAUACAUGCAGCAUGGAAAUCUUAACAGCAUAGUUCACAUCCUCACCGUUAGAGACAAUGAUGAGCUUGCGCUUGUUGAGUACUCUGCUCCUGUAAGUUUCGACUCUUACCAGAUUUUACCUUCUUGCUAUGGCUUGGUUUGCUUUUAUGGUCUCCAUGGCGGCGUUCUUGUUUGCAAUCCUAGCACGAAAAACAUACUCAGACUCCCAGAUAUUGAUGCUGAGGGCAUUCGAUCUUUGAGCUGCGGAUUUGGGUUUGAUCGAAUGAGUGGUAAGCAUAAGGUCAUCAAAUUUCUGGAGCCUCUGGAAGCAGAGUACCCUUUUACGGAUAAUCUCAGGAUUGAAAUAUUCACAACGGGCAAUAAUUCUUGGAGGACAGUAAGGUACCAUCCUUGUUUUCGCUUUCUACACCACCAGCCACCGGUGUUUGCUGGCGGGUUCUUUUUCUGGAUUACAGCUGAUGCUACCGAUCCUGGUGGUCCAUCUAGUUUCUCAAUUGUUUCCUUUGAUAUUGGAAAUGAAAUCUUCGAAGCCAUUUCUCCACCAGAAAGUGUUUCAGAAAAGAAUUGGUUUAACUUAUAUCUGGUGGAACUAGGAGGUGAAUUAUGCUUGGUGGACUUGGAUUAUGAAUUGGAUCAAGACAGGAAAAGAAUGGACAUUUGGAUCUUCAAAGCCAGCAUUGCUGACAAGAAAGAGCAGUGGGUGCAGGAAACGAUCGUUCAUCAAUCCGAACCUAUCGAUACCACUCGUCCUGUGGCGUUUGAUGGUGAAGAGAUUUUACUGCAUGGGUUUAUCAAUGGCCUGGGUAACUUGAACUGGUACAAUCUGCGGACUGGUAGUUUUAGGCAACUGAAAAUCAAAGGUGUUCUUUCGCAAUACUGUCACGCAAGCCAUCACGUAGGAAGCCUUUACCCGGUUCUCCAUUAAUCCAUGUGAAAAGCAGGUCGGUCAAUAGAUAACGUAUAUUCAUCCAGGGCAAGCUAAUCUCCAGGGUGUAGACUUGCCCCAACAGACGUAAAGUUGAAGAUCCAGCUCCCACCCUCGCCUCCCCUCUUUUCCACCUUUUUUUUUUCUUUGUACUUUCUCUUCCGAGUGCAAUUAAUGUUUUACAUGGUUUCAGCACUUAUUAAUUAAAGAUACAUGGCCCCUGCCUCCUGAUUCUCUUUGCUCUCUU